UGUGCGGAGGGGGUACGGGAGCUCCGGGAGGCCAUACUGCGCUGAGCGUCGGGGCGGUGGAGUACACGCGGAAUCGCCGGAGCGAGUGCUGAGUCGGUGCCGCCGCCGGCUUCCCCCUUUCCCCCCGGACGCUGGGAGACGCUUCAGGGCCGCAGAGGCUUGUGGGGCAGCCACAAAAUGGAGGCGAACGGGAGCGGCAGCGGGAGCAGCAGCGACUCGGCUCCCGACUGCUGGGAUCAGGCGGACAUCGAGCCGGGCAGCGGCGCCGGCCCUGGGUCCGCCCCGCCGGCCGCGGAGGCCGAGGCCCAGCAGGAGCUGCUCGGGGCGGCCUUCAGCCGGCAGCUCAACGUCAACGCCAAGCCCUUCGUGCCCAACGUCCACGCCGCCGAGUUCGUGCCGUCCUUCCUGCGGGGGGGCCCGGCGCCCGGCCUGCCGCCGCCCUCGCCCCCGCCCGGCCUGCCGCCGCCGCCGCCGCACGGUGCACCUGUAGAGUCUUCUCCAGAGGAGCAGACAGCCUCUUGCGAAGGUUCAAAUGCUGCUGUUAACAUGGAAAUUUCAGAAUCUGUUGUGGAAAAUGGAGAGACAGAAAUGUCCCCUGAAGAGUCAUGGGACCACAAAGAAGAAACAAGUGAAGCAGAACUAGGAGGUGGUCCGGCAGGGGAUGCAGGUCCAACUGAAGAAGGUGCUCAGGAAAUGAUGGAAGAGGAGGAGGAAAUACCAAAACCGAAAUCUGUUGUAGCACCGCCAGGUGCACCUAAAAAAGAACAUGUAAAUGUAGUAUUCAUUGGGCACGUAGAUGCUGGCAAGUCAACUAUUGGAGGACAAAUAAUGUAUUUGACAGGAAUGGUUGAUAAAAGAACACUUGAAAAAUAUGAAAGAGAAGCUAAAGAAAAAAACAGAGAAACAUGGUACCUCUCAUGGGCCUUAGACACAAACCAAGAAGAACGAGACAAAGGUAAAACAGUAGAAGUGGGCCGUGCCUAUUUUGAAACUGAGAAGAAACACUUCACUAUUCUAGAUGCUCCUGGACAUAAGAGCUUUGUUCCAAAUAUGAUUGGUGGGGCUUCUCAGGCUGAUCUUGCUGUGCUGGUUAUUUCUGCAAGAAAAGGAGAGUUUGAAACUGGAUUUGAAAAAGGUGGACAAACAAGAGAACAUGCUAUGUUAGCAAAAACAGCAGGUGUAAAACAUUUAAUAGUUCUAAUUAAUAAAAUGGAUGAUCCAACCGUAAACUGGAGUAAUGAACGAUAUGAGGAAUGUAAAGAAAAACUGGUGCCAUUUUUGAAGAAAGUUGGCUUCAAUCCCAAAAAAGAUAUUCAUUUCAUGCCCUGCUCAGGAUUGACUGGAGCAAACCUUAAAGAACAGUCAGAAUUCUGUCCUUGGUAUAUUGGAUUACCAUUUAUUCCAUACCUGGAUAAUUUGCCAAACUUCAACCGUUCAGUUGAUGGACCAAUCAGGCUGCCAAUUGUGGAUAAGUAUAAGGACAUGGGCACUGUGGUCCUUGGAAAGCUGGAAUCAGGUUCCAUUUGCAAAGGACAACAGCUUGUGAUGAUGCCAAACAAGCACAACGUGGAAGUUCUUGGAAUCCUUUCUGAUGAUGUAGAAACUGAUUCAGUAGCCCCAGGUGAAAAUCUAAAGAUCCGACUGAAGGGAAUUGAAGAGGAAGAGAUCCUUCCAGGAUUUAUACUCUGUGAUCCCAACAACCUGUGUCAUUCUGGACGCACAUUUGACGCCCAGAUAGUGAUAAUUGAGCACAAAUCCAUUAUCUGCCCAGGUUAUAAUGCUGUGCUGCACAUCCACACCUGUAUUGAAGAAGUUGAGAUAACAGCCUUAAUCUGCUUGGUAGACAAAAAAACAGGAGAAAAAAGUAAGACACGGCCCCGUUUCGUGAAACAAGAUCAAGUAUGCAUUGCCCGUUUAAGGACAGCAGGAACUAUCUGCCUUGAGACAUUCAAAGAUUUCCCUCAGAUGGGGCGCUUUACCUUAAGAGAUGAGGGUAAGACCAUUGCAAUUGGAAAAGUUCUGAAACUGGUUCCAGAGAAGGACUAAGCAUUUUUCUCAAUGACCCCCGCACAAUACUGUGAGGAAAAUCAACUCUGCAAAAGCCUACUUCACACCGCCUUCUUAUUUUCUGCCCAUUGAUAAACUUCUCCCCAUAUUUUGCAAAGACAAAUUUCACAGCAAAGGUCCACAUUAUGUCAGCUUUCUCAUAUUGAGAGCUCUGCUAUGCCACUGUUGAAUUUCCCCCAAAAGAAUUUUUUUUCUCCCAAAUUCUGCUUCCUUGGAAAGAUUCGGCAAUAGCUUUGUAAGUGAUGUGGACAUAAUUGCCUAUAAUUAUGAAAAUUUAAAGGAUUUUUAAUGUUUAAUUUCCCCCAGCAUAUAUUAAGACAUCUUUUUUCCAGGCAGAUCAUUCAGAGUGUGCGAGUGUGUGUGCACAUGUUACAAAGACAACUACCAUGUUAAUAAACUAUUCAAUUUGAAAUCUUUUUCGGUAUUUGAAUUACUUUUGAAUAAUGUUUUUUAUCUGGAUGUAACGCAGUUGCAUUAGCUUUUUAACUUUCCAGUAACCUAGAUAUUUGGUUACUUGGACUUUUCUAAUCUCCUCAGCCUCCCCACACACACAGUUUUAAAUGAGGCAAUUAGGCACUCAACCAAGUUUGUAUUACAGGAAUUAGUUUUGCCCCUUCCCUUUGAAUGCAUUCUUAAAAUUAAAAACAUUCAUGCAAAUGUGGCACCUUCAUUAGCUUUACAUUCGUUAAUAUCUACAGCAAAUUUAGGUUGACUUAACAUGUUUACUAGACACAGUAAGUCAGUUUUGAAGGCUAGAACUACAUAUUGUGUCUUUAUAAAAUACAGCGUUAUUAAAUUCUUAACUGCAGAAAAUGCUAACAACGAGUAAAUCAGUGAAACUUGCAAAAAUAAGAGAAUUUGUGGCAAUAGUGCCUAUUAGUAUUUAUAAGAGCUACAUUUUUGUGGGAGAACUGGGCCAAUUAAAAAGUGCCAGUUAUAUAAGUUACUCAGUUCACCCUGUCUUUAAUUUAGAGGGCUGGAUAAUCCUUGCUGUUUUAAAGAUCAGUCUGAACUGAGAGGGAGAAAGACUAUUUAAAUCCCUAAGAGUUUGCACAUACUGAAAUAUGGGAGGGUCAGGAUCAAGCACAGUCUGUAAAUUUUUGCAUAUCAAAGCAAUGUAAGCUUGUGAGGACCAGUGAUGUUUUCUGAAGAAAUUAAAAGCAAAACUGGUUCAAAAUAAAGCUUACUCAGUACAACUUGAAGGAGCUGCAUAAUGAAACCCUAUUUAGCUGCACUUUGAAAAUACAAUUGCUAUCCUGAUUCUAACAAUUAGGAUGAAGGCUAACUGAUUUUUCAUUUUCCAGAGUAUUACUAGUAAUUAUUAAAAGGAUUCUUCAGAGCUUCUUCAGAAUGUCUUAAACUAAACAUUUUCAGUUGUACAAUUGUGGUGAGCCCAUCUCCUCCCCCAAAAGUUUACAGUCUAGUGACUGUAUCUGAAUUCACAGAACUCAAAACAGAAACAGAUUUACCUUUUUGGGGUUUUUUUUGGUUUUGUUUGUUUCUUUGUAACUGUGGAACUCCCAUUCAUUUCACUUACAGCUACAUUGUAUGGACAGAAGAAGUUAUUGUCCUUCAGUUUCAUAUGACUACACUUGUAGCUACCGUAAUGCAUGGAAUUUAAAUAAAUUUUAUUAUGUCUGCAAA